AUGUUUUCAUCAAAAUUAUUAAAUGUCGCUAAACCAUGUUACAAUGUCGCAGAAACUUGUUCGUGUCGAUUGCCGCAAGUUUUGUUGCAAAGGAAAAUUGAAUCGCAGCAAAUAUCGAAGUUUGAUAGUAAGAGACAACAUUGUCAAUAUUUUCGGAAGAAAUCUAGAAAUGUUUCAUCUGGUUUUUGUAUAAGGCCACAUCGCGCGUACUGCAGUGGCCUUGGCCUUGGCCAGCAGCCGCAGAUAGACUGGCGAGACAUCAUCACCGAGGCGGAGCAGAUCGUGGGCUAUCCGACCUCUUUCCUCAACCUUCGCUGGCUCUUCAAUGAUGAGAUCGCUAGCACGGCCAUACAUCUUAGGAAGUUGGUCGGCACCAACCAUCCAGUCCUAAAAUCCGCAAAGAAUCUCCUAGUAGGAUCGAAGAGCAACCUACAGUCCGUUGGCCUAAUCAUCCUGCUGGUCUCCAAGGCUGCUGGUUUCGACACCCGACAGUUCACCAGAGACCAUUACGACUCCGGAGUCUUGCAUGCUCAGAGGGGCUUAGCAGAGAUCGUGGAAAUGAAGAGGACUGGUCAUAUGAUACAUAAGGCGAUGGUUAAUCUUCAGAAGAAGAAUGAACAUGGAGACAAGUUCAAGGAUUUGCUGUAUGGGAAUAAGAUUGUGUUGUUGACAGGUGACUUUCUCCUGGCGACGUGUCUACAGCACCUGGGUGGUCUCCGCAACAACGAGGUGACGGAGCUGAUCUCCACCGGUCUUCGGGACCUGGUGGAGGGAGACGCCUUCGGACUGUUCGACGCGGAUAAUAACCCAUUGCCGACGAAGCCGAGAGGUGAGAGCCUGCAAGUGCACUACGACUGGGAAAACGAAGAUAAUCUGCAGAAAUUAGGUUCCAACGAGUUCCUCGGUCAAGGCAUCAACGAGUGGAAGUUACGCACGAUGCUCAACUCUGGCAGCAUGCUCGGCAAGGGCUGCCAGGGAGCCAUGAAACUGGCCCAUCGCGGCCCAGAGAUGGAGAAGAACGCCUACAUUCUGGGAGGCCACUUGGCACUAUUAUGGCAACUCUAUUUGGAUGUUAAAGACUUUUUCACUCACCCCUAUUCGUACUCCUUGGUUGGUGCCCCAACUACUAUAGCGUUAUGGGAGUACCCACAGAUAUACGGUCUUAUUUGGGAGUCGAAAAUGGAGAAGACUCCGAUAGAAUUCAAACAGUUGUACUAUGCUGUGAGGAGCACGAGGUCCAUGGAUUAUCUACUGAAGCUCUUGGAUGAUGAGCUGGAAGCCGUGUUGACUUACAGCAGCAAAUUCCCGGAGGGGGACGCCAUAUCGGCACUGCAGAAGAUGGCCCUCUCCGUGCAUGGGGAAACUCUUCAGUACAUCGAAAAUUAAAUAAAAGGUAUUUAUGAACUCA